AUUGACCCCACAGCCAAAGUUCACACUUUCACAUUUCCUCAUAAAUUCAUUCAUAAAAUGCCAUGUCUCCACUCAAACUCUCCCCACUGCCUACACCUUGAGCUUAGUUUAGAAAACUGUCUCUGAUUUUUCUAAGUUGAGAAGAGAGAAAUGAGUUUUGUUCUUACUAAGAGGCCGAAUGGUUACUGUAAGGUUGAUAAAGAAGAUCCAGAAGAGAUAAUUCGUCGAAGAGCACAGUUUCUAAUCAACAAAGUGUUGGAAAGAGCAGAUUCCAUGGGGAAACCUUCGUAUCUGAGAAUUAGAAUUCGAAGGCUGAAGGUUAGAUUUGGGAAAAGAUUGAAGAAGCUGAAGAAGAGUGCAAUGGCAAGUAUUUCAACUCUCAAGGUUGGUGUUUACAAGCAAGUUAUUACACAGAUCAGAAACUACAAGUCGUUGUUUGGCCGGAAACAAACUAAGUUUGCCAAUUUUCCUGUUUUAUUAUCAUCUUGAAGAAAAUUCACCAUAGUUUUCAUCAGUCAAAUCGUUGGAAACUUGAUUUUUUUUCCUUCGAGCUUUAAUUUUGUUAAUGAGCUUUCUUAUAUGAAAGAAAUAUUUAUAAGCAUCCACAUGGAGGGUGGUGUUUAGUAUGA